AUGAGCUCAGAGAAUCAGUUAUUUGUCACUGAUGAGGAAGAUAAACUGGCAGAAGAACAUAUAGCGGAGGAGCCUCCAGCGGUGCCGCAAGAGACCCAUGAUGACGAGGCAGUUGAAGAAGGAGAUGAUCCUGUAAUCCAGGAAUUCGCACUUAAUAUUGCGGGCAGGGAUGAAUUGCUACACGUACUGCAGUAUGCGAAUAAAGCUAAAAAAAUUGGCAACAGAACAGCGGAUCAUCCCUUUAUUGGAGCAUGCAGAUAUAAACCCAACUCUUCUGUUUGGGAACUGGAUAUCCCAGUGGAUGACGGUGCUUUCUUCAACAAGCAGAGAGCUGAGGAUAACUGGGGAAAGGCGGAUGUUCAAACAUUGAGGGGUGUAGGCGUUGAGAAUAGUGGGCAGUACGCAGGGUUUGUGUCGAACGGCGAAGUGUAUCUGGUGCCAGUCGAGAAGGUCGCACAGCUGAGGCCGUUCUUCAAAUAUAUAGACAAGGCGAGCUCGGAUCGAAAACAGGAGGAUGCAAAGAGGAAUGUAAACCCUGCCUCGCAGAAAAGCCAGGUUGUCACUAUGUCAGUCAAGAGUGUGAACGAUCCAACGCAACACAGGCUCGCGGGCGCGCUGUUGGCGCACAAAGUCGCAGAGGAGGAAGAACCGACGGAGCUGGCCUGGGCGGAGAACACAUUUGAACAUUUCAAGGAAUCUGUUGUGGCGGAAGCUAAUUCUCAUGUGCUCAAACCGCUGGGCGACGAGAAAAAUUAUGAGGAAAAUCUUGUAUGA